AUGACGUCUAUGUUGAUAUUCAUUUGUGUAAUAAGUAGUGCGUUUUCUGCAAGGAUAUUAGGAUUUUUUCCUAUACCUUCAAUUAGCCAUCAAGUUGUAUUCAGAGCUUAUACUCAGGAAUUAGCAAAAAGAGGGCAUGAGCUGGUAAUUAUAACACCAAAUCCUGCUUUGCCUAAAGAAAGACCUAAAGAUAAUAUAACAGAAAUAGAUGUAGGUUUUUCUUAUGAAUACAUAACUGAUUAUGUAUCGAAAAUUGAUAUAUAUAAAAGAGGAGUAAUAGCCGAUGUCGACACUGUAGCAUAUUCAUUAUACAAAGGAUUUGUUCAUCUUAUACGUGAAGAUUUAGAGUUUCCUGAAGUGAAGAAAAUUGUGGAAGACAAAGAUCAACAUUUCGAUUUGAUAGUGACUGAAGGGAUUUUGAGUCUGCCGUUGAUUUUAAGUUACUUUCACAAAGCGCCUGUAAUUCAAAUAACAUCAUUUCACGCAUCACCUGAGAACUGGGCAACGGUAGGCGCAUUAACCGGUCAUCCAGUUUUUUAUCCAAAUUUCAAUAGGAACAAAUUUGGAAAAUUAAGUCUUAUGGAAAGUGUACGAGAACUUUUUUACGAAUUCAAGCUUAGAUAUGAAUUUUGGAGAGUGAAAAAUGAGGAGGACAGAAUUAUUAAAGAACUAUAUGGACUACAAGCACCAAGUAUAGAUGAGUUGAAAGACAAUGUUGACAUGUUAUUUGUGAAUACAAAUGUAAUGUUUGCAAACAAUAGACCUGUACCUCCCAGUGUUGUUUAUUUGGGAGCUCUGCAUUUAUUGCCUCUGAAAGAGAUACCACAAGACCUAAGAACUUACCUAGACAAUUCAAAAACAGGAGUAGUAUACGUAAGUCUAGGAACUAACGUACCCACUUCAAAAUUGGAUAAAGAAAUGUUAGAUGCCUUCCUAAAUGCCUUCGAAAGUUUACCAUAUGAUAUUAUAUGGAAGGUUGAUGGUGAUCAUUUGAAAGAUUUGCCGAAAAAUGUAAAGAUUCAGAAAUGGUUUCCACAAAGAGAUUUGCUGGUACACCCAAACGUAAAAGUAUUUAUAACACAAGGUGGCCUCCAAUCUACAGAUGAAGCUAUCGAUGCAGGUGUACCUUUAGUUGGUAUACCAAUGCUAGGAGACCAAUUUUUCAAUGUCCACAAAUACGUUGAGCUUGGUAUUGGAGUUAAAGUAAACUCUAUGACUAUUACAGCUGAAGAGUUGACUGAAGCUGUCAACACUGUAAUAAAGGAUGGCAGUUACAGAAAAAACAUCCUACGGCUAAGAUCAGUAAUGCGCGACCAGCCCGAGAAGCCUAUUCAACGUGCAAUGUGGUGGACGGAGCAUGUGCUGCGGCACGGUGGCGCACGGCAUUUGCGUGCGCCCACGGCCAAUAUGUCCUGGGCACAAUACCUCAUGAUAGAUUUUAUCCUCUCUAUACUUCUUAUAAUCUUUGGGAUACCCAUAGCAUGUUAUAUGGUUUUAAAGUCCUGUUUACGGAUAUUUUUUAAGAGUAAAAGUAGGAAGCAUAAAUUAAAUUAAAUACGUACCUUGUUAGAUAAUGAUAUAUCACAUUAUUAUGAUAGUUUUAAAUAAGAGCCUACGAAACAAAGAGUUUUUUUUUUUAUAUACGUACGACAUUACGUACACUUACACCUGUAUUCAUACUGGCGCCCUUGGAUUCCCGUUGGGGAAAGUAGAGACUAUCGAUCGCCACUUAGCACGAUCCUAACAAACCUUUCUUGCCUCACUUACAUUCAUCAGCCUUUUUACAUAGGUCCUCUCUUUCUUCCCAGCCUUUUUAAGAACACUCAUUUAAUCUAAGAUUUUUUUCAUGACUGUCUUCUUCCAAUGAUGCUUUCUACGUUAGCUCUAUAUUACAUUUCUAUUGUCAAUCUACAUUCAUUCAUCCGUUUCAUGUUAAUCGAUACCAAUAUUGUAUUAUUAGCGCGAUGUGUAUGUAAUAUUUACUUAAGUAAUAUCACUUUCUGCAUUUUUUUUACUCUAUAAGUGCAAUAAACAACAUUUUAAGAAACUAAUCGUGGCCUUGAAGUUGUUACUCUUUAGUCAAAUGACAAAGGUACUUUUAUUACCAAACUAUCUU